AAAGAAAGAGAAUAAUUUGGCGGGAAGGUCAUCUCUUUCACUCACAGCUCAAAGAGGGAAUCCUCAAAAUCCUCUGCAGCUUUCAGCCUUUCACCGGCCGCUGUUUCCAUUACAAUACUGACCAACAAGUACAAUCACCGACCUUCAUUGGAACUGGGUGCGCUCACCGGAAUGACUCGAGACGGCGUACAAUUUGACGCCGCGAAACGAUCAUAUCGUAAUGCUAAGGCCGAGGGGAACCGGCACGAGGAAGCCAAAUGGGCUAAUGUAAUCGGCAAUAUCUUGAAGAACAGAGGAGAAUACGUAAAAGCCCUUAAGUGGUUUCGGAUUGAUUACGAUGUGUCGGUUAAGUACUUACCUCAGAAGCAUAUGCUGGCGACGUGCCAGUCUCUGGGCGAGGUCUAUCUUAGGCUUGAACACUUUAAAGAUGCUCUAAUUUAUCAGAAGAAACAUUUAGAGUUAGCCAAAAAUGCUAAUGACCUCGUGGAACAGCAAAGGGCUAACACUCAACUGGGUCGUACUUACCAUGAGCUUUUUUUGAAAUCUGAUGAUGACCAUCUUUCAGUAAGAAAUGCCAAAAAGUAUUUCAGAGCUGCCAUGGAACUUGCAAAGUUUCUGAAAGAUCACCCACCAAAAAUUGGAUGUUCAUUCCUCAAGGAAUAUGUUGAUGCUCAUAAUAAUUUGGGAAUGCUUGAAAUGGAUCUUGAUAAUUUGGAAGAGGCCAAAAAUAUCUUAACAGAAGGACUAGAGAUUUGUGAGGAAGAAGAGGUGGAUCAGGAUGAUGAUGGUCGUAGCAGGCUCCAUCACAACCUCGGAAGUGUAUAUAUGGAGCUAAGAAUGUGGGAUCAGGCUAAGAAGCAUGUUGAGAAGGAUAUUAUAAUCUGUAAGAAUAUUGGGCAUUGCCAAGGAGAGGCUAAAGGAUACAUUAACCUUGGUGAACUGCAUUACAGGGUUCAAAAGUAUGAUGAAGCAAUUCAUUGCUAUCGAAAGGCUCUUCAUCUAGCAAAAUCAAUGGAAGAUGAGGAUGCUUUGGCAAGGCAAAUUGAUCAGAAUAUCAAUACUGUUAAAGAAGCUAUGCAAGUGAUGGUUGAACUAAGAAAAGAAGAGCAAAAUCUUAAGAAGCUAAUGAGAGAAAUGGUCACUGCUAGAGGCACACCACGUGAGCGCAAAUGUCUACUUCAGCAAAAUGCUUCUCUUGAUCGCUUAAUUGAAAAAUCAAGUACGAUUUUUGCAUGGAUGCAGCAUCUUGAAUUUGCGAAAAGGAAAAAAAGAGUAGCAAGUGAACUUUGCGACAAGGAAAAGCUGAGUGAUUCUUAUCUGGCUAUUGGGGAAUCGUAUCAUAAACUAAGAAAAUUCACAAAAUCCAUUAAAUGGUAUGUGAAGAGCUGGGAAGUAUACAAGUCUAUUGGUAAUUUAGAGGGACAAGCACUAGCCAAGAUUAAUAUUGGUGAUGUUUACGACUGUGAUGGUAAGUGGACAGAAGCACUAGAUGCAUUUGAGGAGAGUUACAGGAUUGCUGUUGAGGCUAAACUUCCUUCUGUCCAGCUUUCAGCACUAGAGAAUAUGCAUUAUAGCCACAUGAUACGAUUUGAUAAUGCAGAAGAAGCUAGGCGGUUACAGUGUCAAAUUGACCAAUUGAAGGAGAAAACUAAAAGUGGUAAUGAUACAAGGGCAGAGGAUUGUUGCUCUGAAACUGAUACAGAAGCAAACGAUGCUCUAUCAGACAGUUCAUCUGAUGAGUGCUCCUUGUCAGAAACUAGAAAAUCUUGUAAAAGCAAUUUUAAUUCUUCAAAAUCUUUAGCUGAUUUAGAAGAGCCAAAUGACGCAGUUACUUUUAUUUCAUCCUUCAAGCGGCAUGAAAGGUCGCCUACAAUCAAAUCAUUUGACAUGGAAAAAUGCAAUGCUUCUUCUAACCCAUCUGAAUUUUCACCUAAAAGUUUGUCUAAGUCAGCUGGUAGCCAACAGACAACCAUUGGUCGUAAACGCACUCGUGUGGUUCUUUCUGAUGAUGAUGAAGACGAGGAUGAAAUGAUGGAUUUCUCAAAAACAAGGCCUCAUUUAUGCCGGGGAGAGAAUUCUGCAACUUCUGAUGACAACAAGAAUAAACAAUACUCAGGAAAUCUUGCAGCUGAAGUUAAGGAGGGUUCAACAACAACCAGCAAACAUGCAAGCAGGUCUUGCGAAGAUAUUGAAGAAAGCACUGGUUCUUAUAAAUAUAAGAGUCGAAUGAUCAGGACUCAAAAUGAUAAAACUUUUGGAACUCCAAAUGCUGAUGAAAUAUUUCCUUCUGAUUCUGCUGCUAGUGGCUCAAAAUUUGAAGUUGACAUCUCCGAAAAUCUGUUGCAUAGAUAUAAGGCCACCAAGUCGAAGCCUUCUGAGCAGGGUGAAUGUGUUACAUUCAAAAUUGAUAAUGAGCUAAUACAAGUAGGUGUUGCCUUAUUUAGCAACAUGCUAAGCAUUGAAUCUGCAAAGGAAGAACUAGCAUGCAUGUACUAUCUACAACUUCCCCUUGAAAAGAGAUCGGAGGGUCUGUUACCUGUGAUUCAACAUAUAAGUCAUGAUGGGAGAACGCUGGAGACCCUUGAAUUUUCAAAAACCUUUGACCAUGGGAGAAAUCUUUUGUUUGAAGCUGUCAUCAAUGGAUGGGUUUCAAAACCCUUGAUAAAACUCUAUAUUGACUACUGCAAGGAGUUAUCUGAGACACCUAACAUGAAGCUGGUGAAGAAACUGUACAAUCUGGAGGCUUCAGAUGACGAGAUUGCAGUCUCUGAUUGUGAUCUGCAAGACUUAUCUAUCAGCCCACUGUUGAAUGCGCUGCACACCCAGAAAACUUUUGCCAUUUUAGACCUUUCUCACAAUUUCUUAGGAAAUGGAACGAUGGAGAAAAUUCAGCAGGUUUUCAAGCAGUCCAGCCAGACACAUGACUUGACGUUAGAUUUACACUGCAAUCGGUUUGGUCCAACUGCUUUAUACCAGAUUUGUGAAUGCCCUAUUCUGUUCGCUCGAUUGGAAGUGCUUAACAUAUCUGGAAAUCGCCUUACUGAUGCUUGCGGGUCAUACCUGUCAACUAUCUUAAAAAAUUGUAAAGGUCUUUGGUGCUUGAAUAUUGAACGAUGUUCCAUCACAUCUAGAACAAUUCAAAAGGUUGCUGAUGCACUGGAAGUUGGAGCAUCACUGGAAAAACUCUAUAUAGGAUACAACAACUCAAUCUCAGGAAAUGCCCUCAGUAGUUUAUUUGUUAAGCUCACAGUACUGAAUAGGUUCAAUAGUCUUGGUCUAUCUGGUUUGAAGUUGAGCAAGCCUGUUAUGGAAGGCCUUCUCCAACUUGUUAAAUCCUUGGGUUUGUCUGGAUUAAUGCUUGGGGGCACUGGCAUUGGAGAUGAUGCUGCAUUAGGGAUAACUGAAUCAUUUAGUGGAAGUGAAGAGCUCGUGAAACUUGACUUAGCUUAUUGUGGACUGACAUCCAAGUACCUUGUCAAAUUUGGUGGUUGCAUUUCUAUUAUACAGCGUGUUCAUGAGCUGAACCUUUCUGGGAAUGCCAUCAUGCAAGAGGGUUGUCAUGCAGUAUCAUCACUAAUUGCUAACCCUCUAUGCGGCAUCAAAUUCUUGCUUCUCAACAAGUGUCAACUUGGCCUAACCGGAGUUGCUCAAAUCAUUCAAGCUAUAGCAGGUAACCACUGUCUUGAAGAACUCAAUCUCGCUGAUAACAUUGAUCUUGAUAAACAUCCACUACAAUGUAACAUAAUAGAUAAAGAAAAUAAAGAACUUGUACAACCGUGUCAUGAUAUAUCUAAGCCUCAUGGCCUAACAUGUUCAAGCAAGGAGUUUGAUCUCGCUCAACAGAAUUUAGAGGAGACAAACACUGAAUACGAUCAGCUUGAAGUUGCUGAUAGUGAAGAGCCCAUUAGAGAAGCUCCAGCAUCCGGGAUCGAUGAUAGUUGUGCAAGUUCAUGUGAAAGAAAAUCCACAUCUUUUGAUUGCCAGUUUAUUUUAUCACUUUCAACUGCAAUUGGGAUGGCAAAGACAUUGCGAUUACUGGAUCUUAGCAACAAUGGUUUUUCUUCCCAAGAGACUGAAACAAUAUUUGGUGCAUGGUCAACUUCAAGAACUGACUUGGCCCAAAGACAUAUCAAGGACAACAUAGUACAUUUAUACGUAAAGGGUACAAAGUGUUGUGUGAGACCCUGCUGCAAGAAGGAUUAAUGUAAUGCUGCUGAAAUCUGUUACAUCAAAAUCCUUCGAUGAAAAUACUAUACGGUGAGAUUGCGUGGAUUGAAGAGGUCAUUACUCGGCGCCUCACAUUUCUCCUUCAUCAUACAAAUUAUUUGCUUGUUCUAACUGUUUAGCAUUGUGUAUCAUGGGUAAAAUCUGUAUAUAACGACUAACAAUAAAUUUGAUUAACAUUUCCUACAUUCUAGUUUCUUACUGUUGAAUUUUGUCAACAACUUGGACAUAUCAAAUAGUAUUAAUAGUUAAGGCAUCUCUGCUUCUUCACGUUCAA